AGGAGACUGAAAGGUGACAUUUAAGUUGAAGAUGGGUGGUGGAGAAAGGUUCAACAUUCCAGUUCCCCAGACUAGAAAUAUUACCAAGAAGAACAAACAACUUAACAGGCAAAAGAGUAAAGAUCAGAAUUCUCAAAUGAAGAUGACUUUUAUGAAGAAAGAAAGAGGAUAUGGAUGUAGCUCAUCUAUUGCAUGGCAGGCCAUGCAAAAUGGGGGCAAGAAUACUGUGUGCUUCCCAAGUAAUCAGAAUUGGAAUCCUACUUUAUCAGGUCCCAACUCACUUUUCACAUCUCAAACCAAUCAGAACUAUGCUGGAGCAAAAUUUAGUGAGCCACCUUCACCAAGUGUUCUUCCUAAACCACCAAGCCACUGGGUACCUGUUUCCUUUAAUCCUUCUGAUAAAGAAAUAAUGACCUUUCAACUUAAAACAUUACUGAAAGUCCAGGCUUGAGAACUUAAAAAAUUGGGGAAAAAGUUACAGGGAUUCAAAUUUGAGAAUUUUAAGUCCAUAGUUCCAAAAUACACAGUUUUUUAGCUGCAUAUAAAAGUUGUCACAAUGUGUGCACUUUUGAAGAUGCCCAACUUAAUACAUCUCAAAGUUGUAUGUACUGUGUGCACUUACUGUGACCAUAAACAAUGUACUUGCAAUAUCAGUAUGCAAUCUAAACCACAUUUGAUGGUCAGUAAUGGUAUAAAGCAUUGCUCUCAAAAUCUGAACCAUGACCACUUAAAACACAGAGUUUGUCACUAGAAAUGUCAGUAAAAGUUUUAAUGUAAUAGAGCGUUCAUUGGAAAAAGCAGUUCACAGAAGCACACAUCCUAAAUUAGUAUUUUUCAUAAUUGUUUCAAAUCAGUAAAUUGUGUGAAACAUGUUGAAAGAUAACCAAGAAUUGUACAAAAUAAAUCCACAUCUAGCCCUUAAGAUAUUUUUUUUAAAUUGAGUUUUUAUUAGGAGUUUGUGGAUCAGAGAUUGACAAAACAGACAAACCUGUGACUAAAAGUGAGCUUUGCUUUUUUUUUUUUUUUUUUAAAUAAAGGAAAUGUAUUCCCUGCAAAUGAUCUUGUAAUGAUGCAAAACAAUGUCAGGCAGUUUUAACAUCUUGAUCACUUCAAAGAUUUAGAAAUGCAUUUUUCUUUUGAAAUUGAACAAUUUGAAAUGUGCCAAAGCAUUUUGCACUGCCAGGUGACUGCCAAAAAGAAUCUAAAACCUUUCCUUUAUUGCGAUUGCACUGAGCAGUUUUUAAAAUGUUUUAAUCAGUUUAUAUUUGAAAAAUGUGAAUGAUAAAAUUGCUUGGGCUAGUCUUAAAUUAGAUACCCUGUAGUAAGAAUUUGUUUAAACUAAUGUUGCUUGGGGCAAGCAUGAAAUGCUUACAUAGGUAGGGGAAAAAAGAGCCAUGUAAAUAAAAUGUAAAACUUUGUAGCAUAUGUAAAUUUAUGCUGGGCUUUCCUGCAGAAAGUAUUUUUAGUACAAAACUGCUGAAUGUAAGAUGACCAUGCUGAGUACAUGGCCUGAUUUAAAAAAAAAUAUUUUGUUUAAAGAAACAAAGCACACACGUGGCUGUGCCCUUGCACUUAAGUACUAGUGAACGUUCAGAUUGAUUUUGUUGUAAACUUUUUUAAUUUAGUGCAAGAGGCUUUUAGAAUUUAUAACAAAAAAAAAACACCCUACACAGAUUUGUAUAAGAUGCACUUGUUUUGAAUGUAUAAAAGUGACUUUAGCUGGGUUAUGAACUGUUAUAGUAAAGUUUCUAAGAUGUAUUGAUGUAAAGGUAUCAGGUCUCAGACAUGUUUAUAUAAAUGUGUAAGAUCUAGAGCUUUGCCUAAAAAGUAUUUUAGCUGUUUUUAUACAGCAUUCUUGUAUUUGAAUACAGUAACUAUUGAAACUGUAAUAAUGAAAGCCAGGUGUGGAUGGCUUAAUCUUCAUUUGGUAUCUAAAUGUCUCAAUAUUGUAUUUAAUAUCCCUCCCCUUAAAAGAACCACUGCAGUACUGUUCCAUUUAAAAACAAUGAUAUAUAAAACCAUACUAAGUCUUCCUUCUGAACUUUAUUCCCAAUAUGCUGGUUGCCAGCAUGUUAGUGUUUAAAUAAAAGAUGUUUGUAAUACACCCACUACUUGAUUUUAUUUAGUGAUGCCAUUAUCCACUGUCUACAAAAGCACAGAGGCUUCUGUGGUGGAAGCAAGAAACUGCAUUGUGACAUACUGAAAGGAAAAGAUGACAAUUUAACCUAUAAUCAGCAAUAACAAAGGGGAAGUAAAUAGGGUAGUAAUUACAAAAGUGGCUUAUAUAUAGCUUACUAAAGCAAAAGUGGUUCUUAAGUGCAUAUAGUUCUGUUUAUACAUUCAAAAUGUGUUGGCAGCUAUCACUGUUUACAUGCAUGUUCUCUGCAGAAGAUGAAUAGAUGAGUUUUCUAAACUUAUGUCCCUCAUCUCCCCAGACUCACGAAAUGUCAUCCAGUGCACCCAAAGUGUCAUUGCUAUAUAUUGGAAAGCUUAAAGUGUUUAUGAAGUACUACUUGUACAUGUAUCAAUUGGAAAGCUCAAAAUAAAUAAAUCUUCUCUCCCUAAA